GCAUUUUGGUGCAGCUCAAAUGUUGUGUUCCGAUUUUCAAUUCUGCACAAGCUUUGGAUGGUUUUUCCUCUGCAUUUUAUACUUGAUGAGAGAUGAAGUGUACAACGCGGCUUUGAUGGUACGCCAUCCAAGCAUAUGCAAUUCAGCAUCAUUGUGCAACUGCAGUUUGGCAGGAGCUGUGGGACUCCCUUGAAGAAGCCUGACAAGGACUUCCGUAAGAUAUUUUGGGGCGCAAGGCCAGGGUUCAUGAUGCCCAUGGAAGGGCAUAAGUUAAAGCAUCAAAAGUCAGGAGGAUGGUUGCGGGCAGCUCUUGCAGACAUGGAUGAACAGUCUUGGUCAGGGACAAGGAGGAUGGCGCGGCUGGACGGCGACGAUGGUGGCGCGCCGGAGUGCAGCAGGGUGAUGACGACGAAGGCUCGGCAGGGUGAAGAUAACGAUGGCGCGGACGACCAUGCAACAACGGCGGGGAAACAACAAGCUGGUGCGGGGGGGUAGGGCGGAGGGCGCAGGGCCGCGUGGUAAGUCCCCAAGAUUCGAAUUCAAAAUCUUGGGACUUCCGCGCCAUCGAUCAACGCAGAUCGACUGCCCAGGUCCCCCAAAAACAAAACCUGAGAAACGGG